GGGCUUGGCUGUUCUCUAGGAAGUAUUGCACUUCAUCCACUUGUACCCGUGCUGUGGCAUAUUUGCAAUCAAGCCAGGAAGGUCAGAAAUCUUUGCAGUUGGAGUGCUGUUAACUACCAUCACAGAAAUGGUUUCCAUCGCAACAGAAAACGUUACUCAACUUUACAACAUUAUGACCACCCAGGAGCUCAGAAUCAAUCCGGCAGGUUUCAACAAUACUUCAGGAGUGCAUCAACCGAAUGGAUCUGGAUGCAUCAAUUCAGAUGCAUGGAACUGGCUAUACACUUUUCAGCCUGGUUUCCUCUGGUUUAUAUUUAUUCUGGGAGCAAUAGAAAAUGGCUUUGUUCUCAGUGUCCUUUGUUUCCACAAGAGUCGCUGCACUGUGGCUGAAAUUUACUUAUCAAACAUGGUACUUGCUGACCUAAUGUUAGUCUGUGUCUUGCCUUUCUGGGCCAUUAAUAUUUCUAAUAAGUUUGAAUGGCCUUUUGGCCUAUUCCUCUGUAAAGCUGUCAACACAAUUAGUUACAUGAAUUUUUAUUCUAGCAUUUAUUUUCUGACACUAGUAAGCAUCGACCGCUAUCUGGCCUUGGUGAAAACCAUGUCUCUUGGACGGAUGCGACGAACUGCCUGUGCGAAAUGGAAUAGCUUCAUAGUCUGGAUGUGUGCAUUGCUCAUAUGUUUACCUACAAUAAUGUUCCGAAAUUUACGGUAUUUCAAAGAAUACAACAUCACAGCCUGUUCUCUUGAGUAUCCAAGCACCUACUGGCACCCUGCAAACAACUUCUUGCUUAAUAUUGUGGGCUUUGUGAUCCCACUCUGUGUAAUUACCUAUUGCACCAUUCAGAUCAUCAAAGCCUUACGAAGUAAUGAGUUACAAAAACUCAAGUUAAUCCAGACAGAGAGAAGAGCCACCGUGCUGGUCCUUGCUGUGCUUUUGGUGUUUAUCAUUUGCUGGCUUCCAUUCCAGAUCAGCACUUUCAUUGAGACAGUCUCUUACCUCACAGACACUUUCCAAUGCCUUGAAGACAUCAAUGAAAUAGUGACCCAGAUUGCAACAUACUGCUCCUUUAGCAACAGCUGCUUGAACCCAGUCCUGUAUGUUAUUGUAGGGAAGCACUUCCAGAGAAAGGCUGUGGAAUUCUAUAAGGACUUACUCCCAAAGAGGUGCAGAAAAUCACAAUCUGUGCAAAAAGAAAACUCCCUGGACACUUUAAGAACUUCGAUUUCCAGUGAAUGCCCAAGGAAAAAGUCUGUUUUCCCGUUAUCACAAUAGCACACUGUUCAUUACAGAAAAAAAAACUAACAUUUGAGCCUCUACUAAUAUCCAUCUGCUAUGGGUCCUCGGCAUAAAUGUGUGAUAGUAUUCUUCAUUUGUGAGGAACUAAUGGUUUGAUCUUAAUGCAAACUCCAUUUAGUCACCUGCUUCUACUGCUGUUGGACAUGUGUUGUGGUUGCAGCAUACAUUGUGGCAUAUUUACAUUUUCAUGACUGAAUUAUACUAGCUGGCUUCAUUAUUUGAAAUGUUUGUAUUUCUAAUGAAUAUAAGUGCUUGAAUGCACAUACAGUUCUCUGAAUAGAGUCCCAGGAUAGGAGCUAUUGUCAGGAUUGUGUGACUACUUAUGGUACCCAUAUAUUUUUGAUAGGAGAGACUCACAGUUAAAUAAGUUUCUGGGAAUCCUGUAGGGAUGUUAUUCAAAUUGAUUUUUAGGAGUUGCCAUCUUCCAUGCCAUUUUCCUUCUUUGCUCAGUCAUCCAGAACAAUUUUAUUUGAUUAACAAACUGUGCCAUUUUGCAACUGCUCUACCUCUGCUAAGCAGAGGUUUGUGUCAGCUUUUAUGUUAGGAGCUUAAUAAAGGUAGUGGAAGGAAGGCUGCAGCCAGCUUCCUAAAGGUAGCUGAGUUUUCUUUGUAGCAGGAGAGUGUUUACCCCUUCUGCAAAGUUGCUGUAUUUACUAUGAAGAGCUCCCUUUGGGUGAGCGAAUGUUGCUUACAUACAUAUAUACAUACACUUCAGAGAGCUUCAGCUUUAAUACUCACAAACUGUAAUUAAUGUUAGUAGUGUUAUUUAAUGGAAACAUAAAUGCUCAGCAUGACUGGUAUAAUCUCACACAAAGAAGAAACUGAGGAUAUGAAGGAAAGCAUUAUCUCUCUGCCAUAGAAAUUUAACUGAAGAUUUGAAUGUUCAGAGUAAUGUAGCCUCUUCAGACUCUCUCAUAUUCACUUAGUUUUCUCUGUAGAAUAAAUUUGAGUGAUAGUAAUAUAAAAUACUUAUUCAAAAAUAAGACUGGAUUUAUAAACUAAAUUAUUUCUACACAGAAGAUAAACUGAUAGUGUAUCAAAUUGUCAAUAUGCAUUUUUACUUCUAGGAAUCUUGUUUUAAACCUGACUUGGAGAUGGUCUAACAGCUACUGAAAAUAACAGAGCUUUUUCUUUCUUUUCAAGGCACUAAAGGCUAGAGACUUAACAUUCCCAAGAGAAAAAGAGUUUGAUGACAUAAUUAAACUGUGACUGCUGUUAUGAGUAGUCUUUAUCCAUCAGAAUGGAAUAGUAAAUCUAUGGGAAAGUUGUAUUAAACCUUAAAAUAUUUAAACCAAGAAAAUAUUUGAGAAGUGUGCAAAUUUGCUUUGAAAACCAUAGUAUUUAGAUGAUUGUAGAUGAUUUAUAGUCAAUUUCUAUAGAUCUUCUUUAAUAAUCCAAUAUAAUUCUCUGUCAUAAAUACUUCUUUGUUCAUUCACUAUGUUGUCCAAAGCACGUAUAAUAAAAUACAUCAAGGCUUUCUGUUUUCUCCAGUGUUACCAGUGUUGUUUUAUGCAUGAGCAUACUGUUCACACAACCUUUAAAUGAAAGGAAUUCCAUAUGGUAGUUAUUCAAUCAAUGGAAAAAAAUGUUGAGUGUUUGGUACUGAGGAGUAAAAUAUUUAAGUGUUAUCACAUAUCAAGAAUAUGACAUUAAUUUAAAUUAUGUAAAUAUAGAG